GCCUAAUCAGACGCUGCAUCUGUGAUUUAUACAAGGCAGCGUGCCCAGAGAGAGAGACACACACACACAUUUAUGUAUAUGCGUGGUUGCAACCGUUUUGUGUUUUUCUUCCAUCACAAAUCCGUUUUUUGUUUGCUUGAGGAACGCUGUCGAAAAAAUGUUCGUUUAACAUCGAAGAAAAGCUGAAGAUUCAUUUGUUUGUUUCCCCCGGGAUGAAGUGAAGUCGUUAGCAUUUUUAGUUUAUGGCCAAAAAAAAGAGAACCAGAGGCGAGGAGGAGGAGUUAGAUUUAAGUAAGCAGAGUUAAUAGCUGAAGUGAACUAUCGUGACAAGCUAUCACUACAGUUAGGCCGGCAGUUUUUAUUUACAUGUGUAUUAAAGGAAACCUUAGUCCAUCACCUCUGAGACAUUUCUGGAUUGGAUUUGCUGUUUGUCUCCUCCAGUAAUUGAUUCCCACUAGUGUUUAAUUAACGCAGUCGAGCCUGACUCAUUUUCACUGCUUUAACAAGGAGUUUGCAGAAGCUUGCUAAAAUAACAUUAAACAGCGAAAUAAUUCGGACAUUAAAAUCAGUCUGGAUUUCCUCAUAAGAUUCCUGUCAGCGAACAUGAGGCUGAAGAGGAAUGGAUCGUACACAUUGCACAGGAAGUCCAAGACCAAGCCAAAUGGUAAAAAAACAGCAACAGAGGAGAAGAAGUUGUAUCUGGAGCCUGAGUAUACCAAAGCCAGAAUAACAGAUUUCAACUUUAAAGAACUGGUGGCUCUGCCACGUGAAAUUGACCUCAAUGAAUGGCUAGCCAGCAAUACAACAACAUUCUUCAAUCACAUAAACCUUCAGUACAGCACCAUCUCCGAGUUCUGCACUGGAGAUAUGUGUCAGACGAUGACUGUGUGCAAUACGCAAUAUUAUUGGUAUGAUGAAAGGGGAAAGAAAAUCAAAUGCACAGCCCCACAAUAUGUGGACUUUGUAAUGACUUCUGUACAAAAGUUUGUGACAGAUGAAGAUAUCUUCCCAACAAAAUAUGGCAAAGAAUUUCCAAAUUCCUUUGAGUCUUUAGUAAAAAAGAUCUGCAGAUAUCUUUUUCAUGUACUGACUCACAUCUACUGGGCUCAUUUCAAGGAAACUGUUGCAUUGGACCUGCAUGGACAUUUAAACGCACUGUAUAUGCAUUUCAUGUUAUUUAUAAGGGAGUUCAAUUUGGUAGAUCCCAAGGAAACUGUUGUCAUGGAUGACCUGACUGAAAUCCUUUACAGCCACGCAGCAUCACAGAACCACGUCAAGGAAAGAUGAGCCACGACAAAGGAAAGACAUUCAAUCAUGAAGACUGUGGGACCUAACUGUGCAGGAUUAAGUGUGGAAUUUAAUUUCACACUCUAAAUGCGGUGUUUACUUCUAGGAAAGAACCACGUUUGACAUGGGAAGAUGUUGUGCAGAAUGGUGGUACUGCCAUUUUUAAUAUAUUAUGAUAUGUUAUUAAAAAAAAUGACUUUUAACUUUGAAGUGGCAUGCUGGCAAACAUGCUGUUUACUGCUUCUCCCCUACCGAGUAGGAAUGAAAUGGAAUAGAUGAGUCUUGGUUUUAACCCAGGAAUACAGAGGUUUAAAUUUGUAUGGUCAUAAUCUUGGAAUACUGGAGCUAUCAUGCUGCUCUGGCAACCAGUCAAGUACCUCUUCAUUAUUCGACUUGGACCAGUUAUACACAACAGGAUUUUUUUUUAUUUAUCACAUUCUAUCUGCAAGCUCCAUAAUUGUAUUUUUAAAAAAAAACAAACUGCAGCUUAUAACAAUAUUUUUGGCUUGCAUUCAAAUCUGUGGGAAGAUUCUUUAUCUCCCUUGUUAAGCAGUUCUAUAAUCAGUUAAUCGCGCAGACUAGCCUCAGUUUUAGAGAAGUAGUCAAAGCCAGUGCUGCUGGGAAGCAAAAUAGCAUGCAAGUUAUGUACUGCAGUCAGGCCUGAUUCAGUAGCAUAUGGGGGCCUUUCUCUGGCACAUUUUAAUGUUCAGCUCUUGUUGCUUCUCAUCCUUGUACAUCUGAGAAAUGUUCCUGAUCAGGUAGCAAGAAGAAAGUCAAGCUGAUGUUCCAUUUAAAGAUGGUCACUUCAGAGUGUGUACACACUUUUUGUAAAUAUUGUUUAAGGUUGGUGUGUUGUACAUGAAUGCAAGUAGCAACUUUGGUUUGUCCAUCUGUUCAAUACUGAUUUAUGGUUAUGUUCAGUUUCUGUUUUGCAUCUUCUAAGUUUAGCCAAGUAGCUCCCCCUCAUGUUUGAUAGGAAUACAGAUAGGGGAAAUUGGGGAUCAAUAGACAGAUUUCCAAGCUCAGUUGCCUCAUUUUUAGUUUUAAACUGAAGGGCAAUACACAAUAUUUCACUUUAGUUAUCAUUUUAUUAUAAAUGUAGGGUUUCGGUUUGCUGUUUUUUUUGUGUUCGAACUGUUGCACUUGAACCUUGUAGUUAACCAUGGUUUCCAGGUGUUUACAAGUUUAUUUUGUUUUUGGCUUCAUUAAUAUAAAAUUAUAAAUAAAAAAGAGAUUCAAAACAAAAGCUUGCCUGCUUCAUGGUGAAUGUUAUGGAAAUUAAUUUAUUUGGGAAGUUAUUCACUGAAUUCUAAGUCCUGGGUUGCUGAGCGAUG